AUGGCUGCUCACUAUUUGAUUUUUGUCAUGAUUAGUAGUUUGUUUCUCAUUCACUGCGAUCACGUAACGGUAGUUCAUGCAGCUCGUUAUCUGUUGGAAACAACACCAACUGUUCCAGAGAUUCCCAAACUUACAUUACCUAAACCUGAAUUACCACCGUUACCCGAGUUCCCAAAUUUACCAAAGCCAGAGUUGCCGAAGAUUGACAUCCCAUCCUUGCCAAAGAUUGACAUCCCGUCCUUACCAAAGCUCUGCCUAAGAUAG